UACAGACGAACAGACAACAAACAUGAUCAUGUUUUGGUUUUUUAGCAGCUCGUCGUGGCCCUAAAAUAGGCAGCACACACAUUGAAGUGUGCUGCCUGUUGUAUAUACAGAAGACCUCAGUGCUUUUCCCUAUUUGGUGACACUGACAGGGAAAGCAGGGAAGCAAUCUGUCCUAGAUGUAACACACGCGCGCGCACACACACACACACACACACACACACACAAACGCGCAAAGAAAGUGAGACAGAGAGGCAGAGACGCAGACAGUCGGGGAGGCAGCAGGAAAAAAACAGAAACAAACAAGAGACGUGAAGACAGAGGGAAUUAGAAGGCGCAGAUAGGUGGAGAAGACUGCCUAAGCAAAGACAGACGAGGACGAAGAGAGAGCAAGAAUAAUGAAGACGUGGUUGCACCAUCUGCUGCGAGAGAGGGAAACAUGUUAACCGUGCAGACAAGAGCAGAGAGCAGCCAGCCCAUCUGCAGCGAGAUGCACACGACCCCCGGUGAAUGACAUUCACAAUGAAGAGUCUUCAGCAAAGAGGCAGGAGAGUUUCAAGGAAGAGAAUAGAGCCCUGUUGUUCUGAGGGGUCCCAUGACACUGACAUAUGAUAAUAACAAGUAGCAUCCGUGUCUGGAGGAGGAGAGCAGCCACUGCCAUCUUUCGUUUUGGAAAAGACCCACAUUGAACGCAGGUCCUGGUUUGUUCUUACAGAAAACAAAUGAGCUGUACGUCUUGAGAGUUUUCCGGUUGUACCACUGACGAUGCACACUCCUGCCUCCAUGGUGAUGGGGAUCGUCUUUGCCCCUUUGGGACUGGUCCUCGUCUUCACCGCGGCCAUCACCCCUCAGUGGAGAGAGGGACAGGCACGUCUGGGCAUGACGGCGCCGGGGUCACUUCUUCGCUCAGGACUCAAGGGUCAUGGGAUGGGGGUCAGGUCCGGGUCGGUUGAGACUCUGCUCUUGCUGCGCUCUGAUGGACUUUGGGAGAGCUGCCUGCAGGUGGAACACUCAGAGCUGAAGCAGUGCUGGCCUGUUGGAGGUCCGUACCAGAGAGACCCGCGGGUUCGCCUAGCACAAGGUUUGGUCCUGACCUCCUUGUUCCUUUGCGGCACUGGGAUUGUUCUGGCUUGUAUUGGAGUCCGGUGCUGGACGGAUCUACCUCUGAGAGGUGUAGCAGCUACAGGUGGACUCCUGGUGGUGAUGGCCGGGCUGCUGAGUCUGACUGCCCUCGGGGUGUACACCCACAACCUUGGACGACUGGGGAUGGUAAGUCCAAGCCAAGGGAUCAAUAACCACAGGUUCCCCCACCUCAGCCUGCGUCCGGCCGGCUCGCUCUACUUUGGGUGGCUGGGUUCAUGUUUGCAGGUGCUGGGAGGCAGUGCUCUGCUGUUCGGCUUCAAACGCCCAAGAUGUCUGACCUGCCCGUCCUGCCCAGAGCUACCUGUCUGCCCUGCGUGCCGUUCAUGUGCGGAGAUAGAGCCAGAAACAGAUGUGUAUGAAGUCACCUGUUAGAGCGGAAAAACUGGGUGAAGACGACCAAAUCCGGACAUGUGGAAACUUCUUAAAGUCUCAUCAGCUAAUAAAUCUGCCACUAAAUACAAACAAGUCAGUUAAAAUAUGAUUGAACAUUGCCUCUAUCUGAUUAAUGGACUCUAAUGUCAGGUAUGAACAUGAUGGAUGCAGCUGCCUCUUGACAUAUGCAGGAACAUCAUGUAAAAGACAAAGUGAUGAAGAUCGUUACAGAUUCAUUAAGAUCGUCACGGUUGAAAAGAGCUCAAGUUCCCGCUGCCUUUAACUGCAACAUGUAGUGAAACAUGACUGAAGUGUCUCUCUGUGCUGCCUUUUACGAUGUAGCCAUGCCUCUCUGUACUGUUAGCAAGAAACAUGACAUCGUUUGCGCCCGAACCAAACUGUGAAAUGUCAAAUAUGCGUGAUAAAUUAUAAGAGCAGUUGUUUAGAUUAUAUUAGGGCUUCAAACAUGUAUGGAAGAGCUAGUUUUAGAUUACUACUGUAGAAUAAAAAAAAAAAAAAGGAUUUCAUUUGUACUUUCUAGUUUUAAGUUACUUGUUAACAGAAAUUUGUGCUCAACUAACGAAUAUGAAAUUCCUCUUUUCCUUACAAAUAUGGUUCUUUGGAAUUCAGCCAACAAUUUUCAAGAAGUUUCUUCAUAAGGAUGUGCAAUCUGCUUUUUAACGUUUUUUAGAUUCAGUCACUGCGAGCAACAAAAAAAAAAAGAAAGAAAGAAAAAAAAAAAGACCAGUUUUAGAGGUCAGAUUACUGUAAACACAUUGCGAGUAACCUGCUAAUUUCCUAGCCUGUUUGUCAGGGUAAAUCUUUGUAUGAUAUCUUCACUGAGGAACCUUCAUCUGUCGAAUGUGACGUGACCGACUUGAUAACACAAACAGUGAUAAAUGUGUUUGGAGAGGAGGAUGUACAACAGGGUGUUGUUUAUUCUUUGUAUAUCAUUUGUUGUAUAGUGUGUUCAUUGAAUAAAACAUUUCAACAAUA